UCUGAGUCAGUAUGAGUCAGUUUUUUAUGGUUAUAACAGUACUUUCGAGAACAUUGAAACGUGUGGCAUAACAAAUAUUCAGUUUAAUUAAUUUUUUAGGGGUUUUCGAUCGGUUUUUUUAGUUUUGACAACUCAGUUCCGCUGAGUUCAGUGAAUUUACGGUGAACAACCAAUUAUGGAGGACAUGGAGGAAGAUAUGGAGUGUGAAGUACCAAUUAAACGCCGACGAGGUCCACGCAGGAAAUAUGAUCCAAGUAUAAUACUGGAAGUGCUAACAGAAAAUAGAGCCCAGUUGUUCGAUGUUGAUUCUGGCAGUGUGACAUCAGCUCUUGAUAAAAUAUGGCAGAAAAUGGCAGAAAAAUUGGGGAGGAUGGGACAGUCCAAGAGUGCUAGUUCUCUUCAUACUUACGUAUCCUGUAAUCAGAAUGGUGUCCGGUGUAAAUUAGAUCCCACUUAUCAAAAACCAGAUGUCCUUGUCGAUGACAACCUUCACACGCCUGAUUAAUCCGUGGAUUUGUGUCUCGACACUUCAGAGAGCAAAAUCAGGAAAAAUGUCGUUGAAUUCACGGUCUCUGUUCUACUUUCGGAGUUCAAAAAGCUCGUAGAAAAUCGUCCGAUAUUUUUGACCGAUCCAGACACUGGGACGAUUGUUACACGGAACAGGAAACGAUGUUUAUCAGAUGAGUGGGAGACAUAUUUAACAGAUCUAGCAUGGGAGCACGCACGGAUUAAACAUGGAUUCUCUUUUGAUUAUCAUGAUCUCAGACUUGAUCUCUCUUCAGGACAUUUCGUAGGCCAUUGUGCAUGUAAAGCAGUUCUCAACUGCUACAUGAGUGAGAACCACAAAGUUACAUCAUUGAGAUUUGUCAUAAAGGGGGAUGAUUCCAAAGAAGAAUGCAGCAAGCGUCCUCUCCGUGGAAAACGAAGAGCAGAUUUGGCGAAAAGAUUGGAGAAUAAAGCCCCUCACAUCAUCAGGAUGCAAAUGAUGAACGAGCUCAUGGGAGAUAAUGAUCCAGAGCCUCCACAAAUACCCUCGUCACCGGUUAUGAGAAUGUUGAAGCAUGAAGCAAUAGCAAUGAAACGUUUACACAAGGAUCCAAUCAAAGCUGUACAAAUUCUCAAAGCUACAAAAAUGAAUGGUGAGAUUUAUACUGUCAGAUGUGAGCCUGUUUAUGUUAGCUAUGCAACUGCGGGACAACAAAAGAUUCAUCGCAGGGUGGCUGAAAAUGGGAAUUCAUCUUUAAAAAUCGAUGCAACAUCGAAUGUCACUCGGUCAUUCAAAAAAAUUGAUCAAGUUCAAACGGGGCCCUUACACCUAUUUCACGCAGUGAUACGAACCUCAAGUGGACAACAGAUUGCCUUGGGCCAGCUACUGACAGAGUCCCUGACGGCUCGUACUGUUCAUGAGUGGUUGGAAGACCACUACGUUCUAUGUGCGGUGUUAUGACUGGGGGUGAACCAACACCGUGUAGAAAAGCGAAAGAAACGAUGGAGCAAAUUUUCACUACAGAUAUUUUUGAGGAUUCAGAGCUCCCGCUUGAUGGGCAGCAGGAAGAUCAGGACGCUCCAAAGCUUCCAAAGACUUGUAGGAGGAAUAUUCAGCCGAGUGUGUGGCGAGACUGGGGUCAAAAAAUCUAUGGUGUGGUUGAGGAAUUGACAAAAAAAACUGAAGGAGAUUUGGAGAAUAAACUGUUUUUACCAGAAUUCGCAAAGAAGUUGCUUGAUGAGUUGAAAUGGCUCCCUCUAUGGAGUUGCAUCUCCCGUGAUUUGUUUCAAUAUGGAGCAGUGCCUGCUUCCAGCGCUGCGGUCGAAAGUUGUUUCAAUAUUAUUAAAACGUGGCUAUUGAAUAAAUUACAGGCUCCAAGGAUUGAUUAUUUCAUAUCUCUACAUAAAGAUUAUCUUGAUGCCCUGUCGAAUAGUACACGUGAUAAGAUGGAUAAGUAUGACGCCAAACAAUUGGAGACUCAAAAUUCUAUUCACACACUGAAUGAUCCAUCAAGCUCUCGCAUGCAACAGGAGGGGAUGACUGACCCUCAUGUCGCUGAUGAUGAUGAACACUUUUCUGUUCAGAGCCCAUUGCAUCAGAGUUCUCCAUUUUCAUCGAAUCCUGGAUUUUUUCAUAUCGACGAAUGUCAAAUAUGUGCUGCGGGGAACUUGCCUACUGGAUCACAUCAAUGUCAGGACUGUGGACGCGCUGUACAUAUCAUCCCACCGUGUUCCUAUUCUAUAGGUGAUGAAGGUUACGGUGAGAAACGUCAAUGCGCUGCUUGUCAUGGGGAGGUAGAGCAGAGAUCAACGGAGGAAAUCCAAAGAAAAAAACCUCAGGAGCCUCCUGCAGAUAGUAACUCGAGCAAGAAAAAGAAGAAAUUUUCAUAUUUGCAAAAAACGUAUCCACCUGGGUUCUACACACCAAAGAAAAGUCUCAAUACAAUUCCUGUAUUAAAGUCAGGGAAUGAUUCAUCGCUGAAAGCAAUUCGAAGUGCUGGAACUCGAAUUAGUUUAUCAAACACUCAACUGUUUGAUGCAUUAUUUCAUCUUCUGCUCACUGUUGCUACCGAUGUGACGCCUUUCUUGGAAUAUGUAGAAAGUAACGUAUCUCAGAGUUCAUUCUUCGACAUGAUGAUAUGAGAUAUGAAGUCUUGGGACCCCAUUUCUUUAAUGACAAAUCUGGUCAUCCUGAAGUUGGUUGUUACACUAUGGAUUGCACAUCUACUGCAGGGAAUCUUUGCGAAAGACUUCUGAAGGAAUCAUCAAUUAUUCAAACGAAAAUAAUUUGUGAUAAGGGAUGUCCAAUAAUUACAUCACGAAAUAAUGUAUUGAGAAUUCCAAUUGAACAGUUGAAGAACGCUGGUCCUAAUUGUUCCAAGUUGGAAAAACAGAUGGGACAAAGAAAGCUGAGUCAAUGUUCGACACAUUCAUGCUCUGGAAAAAUUACCUCUUCAAUCACUUCCGAAGCUGAAUUGGUGUUGAUUGAAACGAUCCGAGAACGAAAUGAACAACUGCAGAAGGUAGAAUUGAAUGAUAUUCCUGUUCACUUUCAAAUGUCAAAGAUGGAUAAACAUUUGGAGCUUCGAGGAAUAUUGCAUACCGAGUUACCAGAGGGUCUAAAUGUCGGCGUUAAUUCCCAAAAUCUGGAGGAAGUUAUGAAUAAAAUGUAUUCUACAUAUGUCCGUCGGAAUGAUUUAUGGAUGGUUAUUCGAAGUCAUGAGCAAUCACAUUUCUGUGAUAAGACAACGAAAGUAUCCCCCGUUCUCGUCGUCUAUUCUAAAUGAAAAUCAUGUCAUCAUCCAUGUACUUAUGAUACAAUAAUUUUUGUGAUUCAUCGCCGCAGGAUUGUGAAAAGCACAAAUAACCACCUUCGAAAUUGUGGGAGGAUAUCAUUUAGAGACACUCAACUCAACACCGAUUAAUAAUUUGUAAGGUUAUUCAAAUGAUGAACGUCAAAUUUUUGACAAUUCCUACGUGAUUCCCAACCCUUUUCCCACCCCCUCUGAAAUUUUCAAGACUCCACCACCAAUAUGGGGGUUGAAAUUAGUUUUUUCCUAAAUUUUGGAGCAGUAACA